AUAAGUUUUAGGUAGUGUAUGCCGCUUAUCUCAACUCUUGCGUUACUAUGUCAAAUGUAGAAUUGAAACCGAAGUAUGAACCAGGUGAAAAACUUCUUUGCUUCCAUGGACCUCUUAUGUAUGAAGCUAAGUGUCUGGAUGUCAAAGUGAAAGAAGAUGGAGUGAUGUAUUUCGUACACUAUCAAGGUUGGAAUAAGAAUUGGGAUGAGUGGGUAACUGACAAGCGUAUGUUCAAGUAUAAUGAAGAGGGUUUAAAAAAACAGAAGGAAUUGGAACGGCAAAUAAGGUCUGGAAAAGUCAAAGUCUUAAGAAAAUCUGACUUAAAGUCACAAUCUUUACCACCUCCGGAAGUUUUAAAGGAUGUGGAGCGGACUCUGAAGCCUGGUCAUUUAAAACAAGAAGAGGAGAGUCCUAAAGCAAAGCAGUCUAAAAGUAACAGUGAAGCAGAUCAAAAACCAAGCACGCCUGUGACGACAGAAGUGAAGGAGAGUGAAGAUGUCAAGGCACCUUCAAAGCCUCCUGAAGAAUCUAACGGUGUAUCCAACAUUACUACUGUGUCAAGCAGAAGAAGAAAAAGUCGGGCGACAUCAGGAAUAAAAUCUAUCGAGAAUGAUGACAGUUUACUUUCAAAGCCACAACUAAUGGUAUCUAUACCUCCAUCUUUAAAGGCAUGGCUCGUGGAUGACUGGGACUUGAUUACUCGUCAAGCUCGUCUUUAUGAGCUUCCUGCUUCCCAACCAAUAUCCACCCUUUUGUCUGACUUCUUAGAAAGUGCUGAAAUCGAGGUGAAAUCUGAACCCACUUCUGAACCUCAAAAUUCUCAACAUAAUGUAAAUCCUGCAAUAAGACCUGAUUUAAGACGUGAAUUUCUCGCUGGGAUUCAGCAUUACUUUAAUUUGAUUAUCGGUUCUCAUCUCCUAUAUAAAUUUGAACGGUUACAAUAUGCUGAACUUUUAAAACGUCACACAGAUAAAAGAAUGUCAGAUAUUUAUGGUUCAAUUCACUUAUUAAGGCUAUUUGUUAAGCUUCGGGACAUGGUUUCUUGUACCAAAGUCGAUGUAAAUAGUCUGCCUGUUCUAGAAGCAUUGGUCAACGAAUUCUUGCAAUUUUUAAGACAGAAUGAAGGUCGUUACUUCCGUCUUGAAGAUUACACUGUAGCGACGGCAGAAUAUCAGCGGAGAGCGAUGUGCUGAAUACAUAUUAUUCUCAUCUACUCUUUGAAAAUAUGUAUAUCUUCACAACUUGUAUAAUAUUGUUAAUAUAUUAUAAAUCGUUUUAAUUUUUCGAAAUCGUUACUUAUUGACAUAUUCAUACUUGCAAUCUAUAAAUUGUCAUCCCAGUAAGCAAUUGUUUGAUAUUUUUGUCUAAUUUCAGUUAUUUUAGAAUAAAACUGAAUAACCUUAGUGAAAGUCUGAAAC